CUCCGGGGCCCUAUUUAUUUAAACACGCUGACGCUCUCCAGAAACCCAAAACUGAAGUAACUUUCGUCCCUCCAGCGAAUUUACCUUGAAGUUAAAUCAUGGCGUCUUCAAGCGACGAGGAGGUGCAGGACCCACAAUCCGUGACGGACAUUUAUUACGUAGAUGAUACGGAGAACAAUGUUGAUGAUUUGGAGAGCGAUGCUGAUCCAAUUUGUGCCAUUUGUGACGACGGCGGUCGAAUCGUGCGUUGUGAGGGGAGAUGCAGGAGAUCCUUCCAUGCAACCAUAGUAGAUGGCAUAGAAACAGGUUGUAACUCUCUUGGCUUAUCCGAAGCUCAAAUUCAGGCCAUUGACACCUUUUUGUGCAAAAAUUGUGAGUAUAAUCAACAUCAGUGUUUUGUCUGUGGGAGUCUAGGCUCCUCUGAUAUGUUGGCUGGUGCACAGGUCUUCCCCUGCGUUGAUGCAACUUGUGGUCACUUCUACCACCCAAAAUGUGUAGCUGACCUACUGUUCCCGGAGAAUGAAAUGGAAGCAACAGAGUGUGAGUUAAUGAUUGCUGAUGGGGAAUCAUUUACAUGCCCUGCUCAUAAAUGUCAUGUUUGUAACCAAGAAGAAAACAAAGAGGUCCCCGAGUUGCAGUUUGCAGUGUGCCGGCGUUGCCCUAUGUCAUAUCACAGGCAGUGUUUGCCUGGGGAAAUUGUCCUUGACGGUGCACAGGAAGGAGUUAUACAAAGAGCAUGGGAGUCUCUGAUUCCUGAGCGCAUCUUGAUAUAUUGCUUGAGACAUGAGAUUGAUGCAAACCUUGGAACUCCUAGAAGAAAUCACAUAAUAUUUCCAGAAAUUCCUGAAGGGAACUAGGCUGUGAAUGCCAAAAAAAUAAAGGGAAGGUUCUGCGUAUGAACAGUUAAAUUGGAGUAAAAUAGUAGAUCUUAAAAAACCUAUAUAGUUUUGUGUUGUUAAGUUUGACUGCUAAAGUAGUUUCUUUGCCCCCAAACCUUUGUGUUUUGCUGUUAACCGCACUUUUAGUUAGAGGAAUAGAUUGCAUUAUCAUCUAUAUAUGAGUAUUCAGUAUAGCUAUAUACUUCCAUAUACAUUCAUCUGGCAGAAAGUGUGGUUCUUCUUGUGAUUAUGUUAUUUUUAUGGCGCUUGUCUCUC